GUUUACAUGUAAUGUUACGUAAGCACCUUGUGGUGUCAGGAUUAGUCUAUAGCGCGUAUGCGUGACAUCAUUUAUAUAUUUCCCAAGAGUAACUUAGCCCUGCUAUUGAUUUUUCUUCUUCUUCUUCUUCUUCUUCUUCCAUUUUUGGGACUUUGUAAGUACCGGGGCACCUUUAAUGAAUUCUUCCAGUCCCCGUUGCAGUCAUGGGCAGCUCUGCUGAGAGGCGCUGUUGGACAGCAGAUCGAAGCGCGUGUGGAAGGAGCGGCCCGUCACACGGUCCGCCGUCAGUCAGAGCGCGUGGAGCCGCAGAAGGUGGAACUGUCCAGUGCUGAUGCUCAAGGUGCUCUCGGCUUUAGCUCCUAUCAGCCACCGCCAACGACAAUAACAUUGUCGUUAAGUGAUUAUAUGAUAUCACGUAACAUAUUUAAAACUGUGUCCAGGAGUUGUAUAUUUUAUCUGAGACUGUUUUCAGUUUCAAAGCUUCUUUCGCCCAGCCAAUGGGAAUGGACCGUACGGGCUGAACGGCUGGCAAGCAUCGAGACAUUUUGAUUGUUUGAUUGAUGCAUUCCUCUGCAGACUGCUGGGUGGACGACCAGAUCUGCUGACCGGAGAGAAAGUUUCGUUUGAUAAAAUCGGUAUCAUACACGAUGGUGGAUGCAGCUGAAUGUUGUGUGAAGGUGAUGUGCCGAUUCAGGCCACUUAACGAAUCGGAAAUCACCAGAGGUGACAAAUACAUACCGAAAUUCAAAGGAGAAGACACCGUGGUGAUAGCGGGCAAGCCUUAUAUCUUUGACCGAGUCCUUCCUCCAAACACGACACAAGAACAAGUAUAUGAUGCCUGUGCCAAACAGAUUGUUAAAGAUGUACUGGGUGGCUAUAAUGGGACCAUCUUUGCUUAUGGCCAAACCUCAUCUGGAAAGACUCACACAAUGGAGGGCCAGCUCCAUAACCCCCAGCUGAUGGGCAUCAUCCCUCGCAUCGCCCAGGACAUCUUUGACCACAUCUACUCUAUGGAUGAGAACCUGGAGUUCCAUAUCAAGGUCUCUUAUUUUGAAAUCUACCUGGACAAAAUCAGAGACUUGCUUGAUGUUUCCAAAACCAACCUGGCUGUACAUGAGGAUAAGAACCGGGUGCCCUUUGUCAAGGGUUGCACAGAGCGGUUUGUGUCCAGUCCAGAGGAUGUCAUGGAUGUGAUCGACGAGGGUAAAUCCAAUCGUCAUGUGGCUGUCACAAACAUGAAUGAGCACAGCUCCCGCAGUCACAGCAUUUUCCUCAUUAAUAUUAAGCAGGAGAAUGUGGAGACAGAGAAGAAAUUGAGUGGAAAACUGUAUCUGGUGGAUCUUGCAGGAAGUGAAAAGGUCAGUAAAACUGGAGCAGAAGGAUCUGUGUUGGACGAGGCUAAAAAUAUCAAUAAGUCUCUCUCUGCUCUGGGGAACGUCAUCUCAGCCCUGGCUGAAGGAACCAAAACCCAUGUGCCCUACAGAGAUAGUAAAAUGACCAGGAUCCUACAGGACUCUUUGGGUGGGAACUGCAGAACCACCAUCGUCAUCUGCUGCUCUCCCUCUGUAUUUAAUGAGGCUGAGACCAAAUCCACUCUCAUGUUUGGUCAGAGGGCCAAAACAAUCAAAAACACAGUUUCUGUAAACAUGGAGCUCACAGCUGAGGAAUGGAAGAAGAAAUAUGAGAAAGAGAAAGAGAAGACCAGAGGUCUGAAAAUCAUCAUCCAGCGGCUAGAAAAUGAGCUCAAAAGAUGGCGAAAAGGUGAGACUGUACCUGUUGAUGAGCAGCACAGCAGUAAAGAAUCAAAGAAUUCAGAAGCCGCUCCCAUAAUUGACACUUCGGCUCCUCCCCCUGAGCCUCUUUCUGAUUCAGAGAAAACCCAGUAUGAGGAGCUGAUCAAUGACCUAUAUCAGCAGCUAGACGACAAGGAUGAUGAGAUCAACCAGCACAGUCAGCUGGCAGAGAACCUGAAGCAGCAGAUGGUGGAUCAGGAUGAGUUACUGGCAUCCACACGGCGUGACUAUGAGAAGAUCCAGGACGAUCUGAGCCGUUUGCAGCAUGAGAACGAGGCAGCAAAAGAGGAGGUGAAAGAGGUGCUCCAGGCCUUAGAGGAGCUAGCGGUGAACUACGACCAGAAAAGCCAUGAGGUGGAGGAGAGAGGCAAGACAAACCAACAGCUCUCAGAGGAGCUUGUGCAAAAGAGUGCCACUCUGGCUGGUGUGGAGAGGGAUCUGUCUGCCCUGCAGGAACUCAGUGGACAUCACAAAAAGAGAUCAGCAGAGAUCCUCGGUCUAUUGCUCCGGGACCUCAAUGAGAUUGGCAGUGUUAUUGCCUUGAAUGACCACAAGAUGGCAGAGAUGAACGGAGGAAUGGAGGAGGAAUUCACCAUGGCACGGCUCUUCAUCAGUAAGAUGAAGUCAGAAGUGAAGUCUCUGGUCAACCGCAGUAAACAGCUUGAGAGCACACAGACAGACACAGUGCGCAAAAUGCAGGCCAACGAGAAGGAGCUCGCUUCCUGCCAGCUCCUGAUCUCUCAGCAUCAGGCAAAGAUCAAAUCCCUCACAGACUACAUGCAGAACAUGGAACAGAAGAAGAGACAGCUGGAGGAAAGUCACGACUCACUAAUGGAGGAGCUCGCUAAACUCCACGCACAAGAAAAGAUGCAUGAGGUGUCAGUCAUGGAUAAGGAAAAGGAACACAUGAGCAGGAUGCAGGACGCUGAGGAAAUGAAGAAAGCCCUGGAACAGCAGAUGGAAAGCCACAGAGAGGCUCAUCAGAAACAGCUCUCGCGUCUGCGAGAUGAGAUUGAAGAGAAACAGAGGAUCUUGGAUGAGCUUAAGGAUGUGAACCAGGCUCUUCAGCUUGAAAAGAAGCAGCUCCUGUCUGGCUAUGAAAAGCUCAAACAGGAGGAUCAGAAGAAGGACGAAAGACUGCAGAAGCUUGUUUUGCUGAAUGAAAAGAGGGAGCAAGCCAAAGAAGAUCUCAAAGGUCUGGAAGAGACUGUGGCCAAAGAGCUCCAGACUCUCCAAAACCUGCGUAAGCUGUUCAUCCAGGACAUCAAUAGUCGCAUUGGGCGAAGUAUGGAGUUGGACACUGAUGAAUCUGGGGGAAGUCUGGCACAAAAACAGAAAAUAAUUUUCCUGGAGAACAACCUGGAACAGCUCACUAAAGUCCACAAGCAGCUGGUACGUGAUAAUGCAGACUUAAGAUGUGAGCUGCCCAAACUGGAGAAGCGCCUGCGUGCAACUGCUGAGCGUGUGAAGAUCCUGGAGUCUGCUCUGAGAGAGGCCAAAGAAAGUGCCAUGAGAGACCGUAAGAAGUACCAGCAGGAGGUGGACCGCAUCAAGGAGGUCAUCCAAGCCAAGAAUCAGGCCAGGAGGAACCACAUUGCACAGAUCGCUAAGCCUAUUCGUGCUGGACAUCAUCACCCAGUGGCUUCUGCCUCACCGGGCCACGGUGUCAGAGGGGGUGUCCCAAGCCCACGACGACACCACCAGCACCAACCGCAGCACCACCAACAGCAGCAGCAGCAGCAGCAGUACCAUCACAGGAACAAGUGAAAAACAUACCACGGGAGAGAAAAUGACAAGUUCGAUACCUGUCAGCACAUCUUUCCAUUCCAGCUAUGUGUGGCAACAAGAAGACGUCUUUUUCCAAUGCAGUGUUUUCCAUUAGCUGAAGGGGAAAGAAAGAGCUACUGUCAUCUUUUACGAAGACUUUUCAAGUUUACUUCCUGUCCUUACCAUGACCUCCUCCAUGCAUUCAUCCUGUUUAAGUUAACUCCCUUCUUCCCUCCGUUUCUUCAUCAGCCCUGAAUGGAGAUGUGAGACCUGUGGACUCAUCAAUGAAUAAACAAACCCAGACCCACACACUAAGACUAAAGGAUAUUGUCUUUUGAACAGAUAGAAGAGCUAUUUCAUUGCGACUUUUUCUCUCUUCUUCUUCCUCUCUUUGGCUAUUUUCUGCCCCUAUUUGCUUUGUAUUCGAAAGUCUUCAGUGUUGGAAUUAUAUUCUGAUUACAGUAAUUAAGCUCGUCUUUCAUCACAUAUGCCAGGUUAGUUUCCAAAGUAGGAAGCUUUGAAAGAUGAAAAGUUGUCACAAAAAUCAGAAUUGGAAGUUUUUACAACCUCAGGAGUAACGGAGCCUUUCUGUGGUUCUUUUAAUUGGCACUAAUUCUUUCAGACUUAAUGGCUAUUGAGAACAUGCAGUGACAUGACUGGAAUGUAGUUUAGGAACACACACAUUGCUUCAAGCAUAAUUUGUCAAGAUUUAUAAUAACUGAUAUUACUGGAUGUUAAUUUUUAUAUUAAUUUAUUUUUGUAUUCAUUGUUAAGUAUUGGAAUUGAGUUUAUUUUACUUGCAUCUUGUCUUUUUAGAUUAUUUUAAGUUCCUCACAUUAGAACCAGGUCAUCCUGUGUACAUGUUUUUAUACAGAUAUCGGUGCUUUGAAAAUAUUCUUUACUGUAAUUUAUAGGUGCUCUGGAGCAAACAACAACUGUAAAACAUCAGUAGUAAUACCACAUUAGUGGUAAAAACCUGGAAUCAUUUGAAGAUUUCUUUGUCAUUUAUUCUUGUUACUUAAACUAACCUGUUUUAAAGGGCAUGAAAUGCAAUCAUUUAAAGAAAGCCAAAGGCAGACAUUAGAGCUUCACAAAUGAAUAGAUCAGAUACGUUUAAGAAAGCAAAUGUGGAGAGAUUUUACAGCUGAUUGUUUAUUUGCUAUUUAUGUGCUCAUUUAAUUAAAAAUUUUAUAUAAUUGUAUCAUUAUUUAUUAUUCUUGAUGUCAUUAAAAUAUGAAAGAUGAAGGAUUUUUUUUAAAAGAAUGAGAGAGAGACUUUUUGAAGAAACACAAAUAUUGUUUCAACAGGUAAACCAUGCUAUCAUGCCAUAGCUAUUUACAAUCCUUUGCUAAUAUAAAAAAUGUUGCCUAUUAACUGUCUGGUGUUAAUUGUCUCUGGUAAGCUUUUGAGUCUAUGUGCUCAGCUUUGUUUCUUAUCACUUGUUACUACAUCAGUACAUGAAAAUGUUAAUAUGAUGAAAACAAAAUCUGUAAAGACUGACCAACUCCAUGAAAAGUGUUCUUGUGGGAUGUUGUGAACUGACAAAGAAAAACAUACAAUCACAGAAAUUCAUCUUUGGUUCCAUUUGAGGAUCUCCUCUGGCAAACGAACUUUUGUUCAUCACUGAAAUAAGUAGUUUUUCCUGUUUAGAAGAUCUUCUAAUGUAAAGUACACAAAGCCUGUAACUUAACAAGGUGUAGUGUUUUUGUAUGUCCUUGGACUGUUUUUCCAUGUAGCUCUAUGGUGGUGAGUUACUGUACUGCACACAGAGACCUCUUAAAAAUGUGUUUGUCUUCAGGUUCUUGUUCACAAGUGUUUCAAAAGUUUCUGAAAUGUGCUAUGAACUUUACCUCAGCAGUGUCUGGAGCAUCUGAAAAUGAGAUCACAGAACAUGGAAUGAACUUCAGUUGCUUUGUAGGAGAAGGAAGUGCCACAACAUGGAUAUGAAAUGGUUGCUAAUGUUUGUUCACGCAAGCACACGUGUUAUGGAUAACAGGGUUUCAGCUACAGAGUGUGACACUUAUUUAUCAGAUAUUGGUGUGGAAUAAAUAAAAGUUUACUAAAUGUA